CAGCGCUCCCUCCUCCGUCUCCGCAGCCCCCGCCCCACGGAGAGUCGGGCUCACGCCAUCUUGUGCCCCCCCCACCCCCCCCGCCCCAGCCGAGCCACCUUCUCCCUUUCUACACUCUCAGCCCUCCACCCCGCCCCUUUCCAAGCGUGCCCCGGGCCGCCGCCGCCGAAACCGCACCAUCUCUCCCCACAUUCUCCACGCGGGACGCGCAGCCGUGCCUACAAGUGUUCUUAAAGCGGAGAUGAAUAAUACUGCAGCCAGCCCAAUGUCUACUGCCACUUCAAGUAGUGGAAGAAGUGCGGGGAAGUCGGUAAGCUUUGCAGCAGAAUUACAGAGUAUGAUGUUUUCUUUAGGUGAUGCUAGGAGGCCUCUUCAUGAAACAGCAGUUUUGGUAGAAGAUGUGGUGCACACACAGUUAAUUAAUCUGUUACAGCAAGCUGCUGAAGUUUCUCAGCUUCGGGGAGCCAGGGUAAUCUCUGCCGAAGACCUUCUGUUUUUGAUGCGCAAAGAUAAGAAAAAACUGAGAAGACUGCUAAAGUACAUGUUUUUCCGAGACUACAAAUCCAAGAUUGUCAAGGGCAUCGAUGAGGAUGAUCUUCUGGAAGACAAACUGAGUGGCAGCAAUAAUGCAAACAAAAGACAAAAAAUUGCCCAAGACUUUCUCAACUCUAUUGACCAAACAGGAGAACUCUUGGCAAUGUUUGAAGAUGAUGAAGUUGAUGAAGUUAAACAAGAAAGAAUGGAGAGAGCAGAAAGGCAAACUCGAAUUAUGGAUUCGGCUCAAUAUGCAGAAUUCUGUGAAAGUCGACAAUUAAGUUUCUCCAAAAAAGCCUCCAAAUUUCGAGACUGGUUGGACUGCAGCAGUAUGGAGAUAAAACCCAAUGUUGUCGCUAUGGAAAUUUUAGCAUAUUUAGCAUAUGAAACUGUGGCACAGUUAGUGGACCUGGCUCUUCUUGUGAGGCAGGACAUGGUAACCAAGGCCGGAGACCCCUUCAGCCAUGCCAUUUCUGCAACCUUCAUUCAGUAUCACAACUCUGCUGAGGGGUCUAGCAUGAAGUCCUACCCAGAAUCUCCUGAGACCACACCUCCUCCCACACCAACAGCCCCAUCAUCUGGGUCACAGCACUCAGGGAAAACCACAGCAGGAUCCCUUGGGAAUGGGAGUGCUGGACAAGACUUGACUAAAACCAAGCAAAGGAAAAGAAAAAAGAGUACUGCGGCCUGUGGUGUUGAGGCUCACAGCGAUGCCAUCCAGCCCUGCCACAUCAGAGAGGCCGUUCGACGCUACGGCCACAAGAUUGGCCCCCUUUCCCCAUUCACAAGUGCCUACCGCAGGAAUGGGAUGGCUUUUCUGGCCUGCUGACGGGACUUGUGACCGUAACAACAGGAAAGGCAUGUUAUAGUAAGGUUCUUUCUCUGACUCUUUCAGCAGCAGUGAAUUUGAAGUAAAAUAAAAUUUUCUUAAGCAGCGAGUAUAGAAAAAAAUUUAUAGGAGGAAAAUCUCAGAAAAUGUGACAUCAAUAAAUUGUUCUCCCAAGAUUAAAAUGUUAGGUAAAAUCAGAAAAUGGUAAAGCAGAAGAUGGUCUUCAAGAUCGUUGAAAACAGCCACUCAUUUUCCAGAUGAAAAUAUGUAGCCUGGAGAAGGAAGUUGACUUUCCCAAGGUCACUCAGUAAUAGCAGGGACAGACCAGAGACCAGAGAUCCGUGGUCCCUAAUUCUCAGGUUGCAGUUUCACUCCCCCAUACUGGAUUUGCAUUAGAUACUACCAGGAUACAUGGGGAUUUUAUGGCAUGUUUAUCUUAGAUAAUCACCUAAGUUUAUUUUUUAAAUGACACUAAUUUGGACACAUUCUAAAGCGUAAGUGUUGUAUUAAAAUCUUCUUCAAAGGGACUGUGGUAUAAUUAAAUAAUCUGUUAUAUGUCACUUAUACAUCAAUUUUAAAAAAGUGGGGGAGGUCUGCAAGCAGGGGAGGGGGAAUUAACAUACUCGGAGCACCUACUUUGUGUCAGGAACUUUACCUCUGGUAUUUCAUUUAUCUUCACAGUGACUUCAUGAGGCUCACAUCGGGCUCGAUUCUAAAUCAAAUGUGAAUACACAAAAUAAUUUGUUUUGUAGCCUUGUGUUUUGGAGAUCAAAUUUGAAAAAAAUAAAUAAAGCCAACAUUAAGUAAAAAUAGCCUCUCUUAGGGGAAAUUGACACUGCCUCAUAGAUUCAAGGGUAAAGGAAAUAGAAAUAUUUCUCCUUUCACCUAAAUUUGGAUGUGACUUUCCGAACAUGCCGUUUUGAGACUAUGUCAUCAACCUUCCUGCCUUCACAUAUUGCAAUAAUUAAGAUUCAAAAAUAAUGUUCCAGUUUUAGAACCGAGAGCUUUUAUUUAAAAACCAUCAGAAGCACAACUAUUUUUUAAAUGGUGCCUAUACUCCUGUACCUGGGGAGAAUUCUUCACUUAUUACUGUUUGUCCUUUGUUUCUAUAAAAUAAUAAACAACCCACAUUUCAUGCUUUUACCACGUAGAAGACAAAUAA